AUGGCUGAUCAGACUCAGAAGCCCCGACGGCGACGAGGGGCAGGCUGUCGCACUUGCCGGAUCCGCCGCGUCAAAUGCGACCAAGGUCGUCCGACUUGUCGCCGCUGUGACUCAACUGGUCGUGCGUGUGAUGGCUACGAAGUCACCAACAGUUGUCCUUCAAUGGGUCAGACGAAGCGAUGUUUACAACCCAAACCAUCGUCUCCACUGGCGUCCUCGGUCGGGAGCCCGUUGGAAUUGUCUCUGGAGGAGUUAGAGGCCUUUCAUUUCUUCCGCCAAAACUCCGCACACGAGAUCCCCAAUUGUUUCCCGUCAAAUUUGUGGGAACGGAUCAUCCUUCAGAUGACCCACCAGGAGCCCUCAAUCCGUCAUGCAGUGGUGGCAGUGGGGUCACUGCAUCGGAGAUCUCGGGGGAUGGCUGGGACCAUGGGCAGCAGCGGAGGAAUGAAAUGGAGCCAGGAGUUUCCCAUUCUACAGUAUAUCAAGGCGCUUCAUCAUCUUCGACAGCGGCUGUCCAGGACGCACGACCCACUGGCAGCUCCAGUAGCCCUGAUAGCCUGUCUGCUUUUCAUGUGCCUGGAGAUGUUGCAGGGGAACCGCAUGGGAGCUGUAGGACACCUGCGGACGGGACUUCAGAUCCUUGCUGGAAUCCCCUCUUUAUUCGCAGGCCACUGCCACCAACUGCCCCAUCGGUAUCUUCAUCUCCAGUCCACCUUUUCGACCACCCUUUUGCAUCAGGUGGCCGCCCAAUUUGCCAGCCUUGACUUGGAAGCCACUAUGUUUGGGGAACGCUCGCCUGUCCUGCAUUUGGCGGCACAAGAGGUCGAGAUGCGCGGUAGGAUGGCCCUGCCGGCCUCGUUCUCGAGUGUCGAUGAAGCACGGAUUUACCUCGAGAUCCUGUCCAACCGUCUACUCUGUCUGCGAGGCGAGCUCCUUCAACUCGCCGAAAAGCACCUGCACUCCCGUGAUGUCGGAUGGGUGGUCCGGCACUGCCAACAGCAUGCGCUGGUACGAACUAUCGACCUCACGGACCACCCGAGCCUCUUGAACCACGUGGCACAGCUGCAGACCCACCUCGCAGCCUGGCUUGUGGCCUUCCGCAGUCUAACGAUGAAUCCGCUGUAUGGAUGCUCACGCGCGACGAUGCUGCUCGAGAUGCGUCAAUUCUCCAUGGCCUUCGUCGCAGCCACUAUCCGCGAGACCCAGGAGGUCCGCUGCGAUCAGUUCCACCCCCAGUUUUGGCGGAUGGUCUCCAUCGCCCGCCGAUUUGUUCACAACCUCAUUACCGCACAGCCGAGCCCGACGUUCACUCUCGUCUCGGGUGGGAUCCACUGUCUUUACAUUGUAGCCACCAAAUGUCGGGAUCCCACGACGCGGAGGGAGGCAAUCAUGUUGCUGCGUCAGAUCCCCUGCCAGGAGGGGAUGUGGGAUGGCCCUCUGAUGGCUCGAUUUGCGGAACAGCUGGUAGAAUGGGAGGAGAGCAUGGCCCAAGGCAUUGCGGGCAGGCGAGUUCAUACACCAGAAGAUGUGUCCGAAGCGGCCCGAGUGACUGAUGCUGUGCUGGUGGGAGUGGACCGUCCAGGCCGUGGCAGACUGGUCUGUGCCCGGCACCUGCACGAGACGACGGGAGAGUUGCUUUUAAUGGAGCGAGAGUUCACCUUAUGAUUGGAUUAGGUGGUUUGCUUCACCAGAGAAGACCGAAAGUCCGCUAAUGAUACCUCGGACCCUACUUCCCAGCAGAUUUUCGCUGGGGACACCAACGUGCAGUGAGACAGCCCCACAGAUAAAUCAUGGGAUAAUGACAGGACUGAGUGGUGAAAGAGUGGUGAAAGACAGACGCUCUCCUAUCGGAAGAUUCUAAACCAUUUUAGCGAGGAGAAGAAGUCUUUGGUUGUCACUCCCAUCCGAGGCUGGCAAUCAGACCAACAACGUGGUUUUGAU